AUGAGCAAUAUAGAUCAAACAGUUGUACAAUUACUUCAAGGCAUACAUAACACCUUGGUUGCCUUACACAAGGACAUAAGAGAAGUGAAAGAAAACAUGAGCAACAAGUUGAAUGUACCUCAAGAUCCAGAACAAGUUAUCAUAACCUCUGUUAAAGUUUCUACUGGCCCCAUUCCAAGACCAAUAGGCAACAUACGAGGCAUAACUACGAAGCAUGUUCAUGACAUGAUGGUCAAAGAUCUUGGAAUCCAACUAACCAAGGAAAGCAAGUCAACACUUCAAACUUGUACACAUCUGGCAUGUGACCAACUUGCCCAUCUUCCUUCUGUUCAGUCUCUGGGACCUUCUUCUAGCUGGCAAUCUAUCUCUCAAGUAGACAAAAAGAGGGUUUGUGACAAUCACGCUAGUGUUUUCAAAGAAUGCGGUAUUGAUUUUGUUGCUAUCCUUACAGACAAGACGACGGGACAAUAUUUUGAGGACAAUAUUUUCAUCUCUGACGUCAGAGAUGAUUAG